ACAACAGCUCCAUCUAGUGUCCAUCGAGUUGAACAUUUGCUUUAAAGCAGCCCGUCUUUCUUUUAAAGUGAUUGGCUGACAUGGUUAGUCUGCUUGUGACGUAUUACUCCCCUAUUGGCUUCUCCACCUGCCACUCAAAUUAGUUUCCGGAAGCAAAGCCAUUCACUUCAAAGAUGGAGGACGAUAUCUCAGAUUUUAGCAGACCUCAAAUGUACUUGUUUGGUUGUACCUUGAAAUCGGAUAAACGGGAGUUCAGAGUUGACAUAGACGACGACGAUGCAGAGCAACAGCUGUCACUCAAAGCAGUUUGCUUGGGAGCUGAGGCUGAGGACAAAUUCCACAUGGUGGAAGUUGAAGGGCUAACUUAUGAUGCAAAAACCACCAAAGUGCCGCUAGUUGUCCUGAAACCUUCUGUCCUGCCCUCUAUGAACUUAGGUGGGUUUGAAAUCACUCCUCCGGUUACCUUUCGUCUCCUUUCUGGCUCCGGACCCGUUCACAUCAGUGGGCAACAUUUUGUCAGUAUGAAAGACUCGGACGAUGAGGAAGAGGAGCACAACUCAUCACCGGUGAAGCAGCCUGCAAACCUGUCGUUAGGGAAGAAGCCUCCAUUUGUAGGUUUCUAA